CACCGGAGAGUACACAGGCGUGACAACCAUCACAGAAGAACAGAAUUAGGUUAGAUCAGCAACCCCAAAUGUUCCUCUUCCUGUUUAGCCAAGAGCUCAGCAACAAAAUGAGCUGUUCCAGAUUGUGAUGGUGGUUAACAUUGCUGGCAGUAAUCUCUUUUCAUCACAGUGCCAGAAGGAGCAGAAACGCUGAGAUGACAGCUUCCAGCUUCAACUUCAUCGUCUUAACAAUUCAUCUGAGCUUCAUCCUACACUCAAGCCAUGGUUUUGAGGUGAUGCAGCCACAGCAUCGGACUGUAAACUCAGAUGGAUCAGCAUCGAUCAGCUGUGAACACACUGCAAACAUCACCUCUGUCGAAGAUGUUCAGCUUAGCGCCAUAGCACCAACAGGGAGACGAACUAUACUCUGUCAAAAGGGGAUGGAGAACUGUAAGAACAUUAUCAUGCAUCAAGAGAACCUCAACAAGUUCCUCUUCAUUAUACUCAAUAUUGGGCCAGAAGCCAUGGACAUGAAAUACGAGUGUGAGUUCACUGUGAAAAAAGAUGAUCUAGAUUACACCACGACAGGAGCACCAACCAUACUGUUGCCAGGUCAAAAGGAAGGAGUCAGCGCAUUUUCUCCAUGUCCUCCUUCUCCUUCUGUUCCUCCUCCUCAGCCUCAGGAUCAGCUAAGAUGGAUUAUAAUUGGUCUGCUGGCUCUGAUGCUCAUCUACAGCUGCAUCAUCACCUCCUUUUACAUCAGACUACGGGUCAGCAGCAACGAUCCUGAGAACUCCACCUAUGUAGUAAUGAGGAAAGCUCCUCUGCAAAGAUAUCCUCCUGACAUUUACUGUGGCUAGUUGAUUCACAUUUCCUCUCUACUAGCCUCACGAUGAAUGCAAUGAGAGGGAAACCAUGGACAUCCCAGGAGGAAACUAGCAACCCCAAUGAUGCUGCUUUAUUUAUGAAACUGGCAUCAUAGUCUCGAUCAUUUCUUCUAAAUGACUUUCUAAUUCAUGUCUCUUUUUCUACAUGAGGGGAAGCAUUACUGAAGAUAAACAGCAGAGUGAGACAAAGACUGUCUAAAGGCUGACUACUGUGCUGUCUGUCAGGGUGCAUCUGCUAAGCUCUGCUUUUACAAUUGAAUGCAAUAAGCCAUCAUAAUAUUAUCCAUUAUAUAUUAUACUGUAUACAUGAAUAUGUACACUUAAUUGUUAAUCUUAACCUUUUUCAGUCAAGCAUCAAACUUAUCUAUAUAAUACUUACACAAUAGAUUUUAUGUAUAACCUGUUCAGCCUGAAUCUUUAACACUGGAACUUCACUAAAAUUUGUCUGAUUCAUGCUGGGACCGAGCUAACUGUUAGCUCAAAGCAGCUCCCCAUGUGCUUUGCUGACCUUGCAACACUGAGAAUAAUACAUACAAUAACAACAGGAUAACACCAGGAAAACAGAGAAUCUGAGGAUAUCCCUUACAUUUUUACUAUAAGUGACAAUUCAACUCAGUUUUGUUGAUUUCCACUGUGAAUUUAAUGUAUUUUAUUUUAAAAUUUACAUUUAGAAUUUCUUUUUUCUUUGGUCACCUUACUGUUUAUGCUCUAUACUCACAUUACACUGUUAUUGCUGUUAUUAUUUUUGUUUUUUGUUUUUUUAAUUUUAUCAUACAUUUUUACUGGCCACUGCAGGAAGCGGUCUGAUCUCUGGUCUCUGUCCAGUCCCUAGAAACCACCUUGAGCUUUACUCGAUGCAAUGGAAGCAAUUCUUGAACAUAGUAAUGCAUCUCACUCAUUCCUCAGCGGAUGGGCCUCAUCCUCGAUUGGAGGUUCUUCAGUGUGGAAAGAAAGCUGAGACCUGCACAGUGUGAGUCUGGCCCAAAGUGAUUCUGCUGCUUAAAUAAUAUAGCAGGCACAAGAAAGGAGGAUAAUAAAUAAAUGCAUACAUACCUGAAAUGAGGAUGGCCUCUCCAACCUUGCCUAUUGCUGCUGGUCAGCAACAGGAAGUGAGAUGGCAUCACAUGUAUCAACUAGUUUGUCUGAUUUGUUUUGAUGAAUAUUCUGUUUAAGUCACCUUUCAUUUUAUCAAUAAAAAGAAAAAGGACAACCCUA